AUGGCAUUAGACGCUGUUAAAGCUAUGCUUAAUGAUGGUGCUUGGGGUGCUAGGGCAGGGGAGUUGAUCCGCUUGCGAGAUAAAUUGAAUACUUUGCAGAGAAGCUGGAUGCUGGCAGUUACGAGAGUCUUCAGGACAGUCUCUACAGAGGUGGUCUGCCUCCUUGCUGGUGUCCCGCCCCUCUCAUUCCAGUAUAAUUUUUAUUAUAAAAAAUUUUUACUUUCGAAUAAUUUGGUUGAUCAUAUAGAUAUAAAUGAAUGUGUUAUUAAAAGUGAAGCGUUUCUAAAUUUUGAUGAUGAUUGUAUUCAUCCUAGUAAUAAGAUUUUGAUUCCUUAUGACUGUGCAUUUCUCGAAUGUCAGGAAAUGAAUAUUUUCACAGAUGGUUCAGGACUCGAGGGGGGUAUUGGAGGUGCGAUCGUGGUAUUCUUCUAUGGAAUUGAAAUACAAAAUUGGAAAUUUCGUUUAAAUUCUAUGAAUUCUGUCUAUCAAGCAGAAAUGUAUGCUAUUUUUGAAGCUCUCAAUUGGAUUAAAGGCACAUUGAAAAUUAGAUAUAAUAUAAAUAUUUAUUCUGAUGCAUUGUCGGUGCUACAGACCCUCUCGGGUCCUGAAAGUAAAAACUCUCUUGUAUUUGAAAUAAAAAAGACAUAUGCACAAUUGAAAGAUAUACAUAAUAUUAAGCUUCACUGGAUAAAAGCACAUGCAGGAUAUGAAGGGAAUGAGAGGGCGGACGAAUUAGCUAAGUCUGCAGCUGUGGAUGAAAAUGUGAUUAUUAAAAAUAUCCCAGACUCUAGAAGAAGGGCCACCUCUACUCUAUAUAAUUAUGUAUUGAACGAAUGGAAAAAUAAUUGGGAACAAUCUAAUAGAAAUUGUGGUUUACUGAAAAAUAUAAAUAUUGAAAAAGAAAUGAAGUUAUAA